AUGAGAGAGAAGCUCUUCUUAAGUUUAAAGAAGAGCUUAUUGAUGAAUAUGGCCAACUCUCUUCUUGGGAAAAUGAAAAAUAUAAGAAGGAUUGCUGCAAAUGGAGUGGCAUCAUUUGUAACCUGGAAAGGAAAGGAGGCCGAGUACAUAAAUACUCUUAAUCUGGUGAAACUCAUUGAUCUUUCAAGCAACAAUUUAGUAGGUGAUGUUCCUGCUGAAAUUACCAAUCUUGUAAUGCUAGUUGGAUUGAACCUUUCAAGAAACAAUCUAUCUGGAUUCCUUCCAGUAGAAAAACAGAAUGAAAUGAAGCUUAAAGUAAUAAAUUAUCAUUGCUGA